AGCAGCCACAAUGUUACGCAGUCUACAACUAAACUUCUUCAUGCGAUAAUAUACUCCGUUGAACGUUGAACGUAUUAGAAGGGUUAAAAAUGAAGACUAUAGUGAUUAUCAUUAGUGUAUUGGCAGUUAUGACGGUAGUUUAUGGUUACAAUGAAGAGCGAUCAGAAAAAUUCCUCCGUAAUCUAUCGAAGUGCGAAAAGAGCCCAACCAGGUUACAGGGCGAUCGACUAAGUCUCGAAACGGUGAUAUGCGCUAUAGAAAAUGAUGGUAAGAUAUUUAACGAGAAUGGCGAAUAUAAAUUUGAAGCAGCGAUGCAGGGAUUGGAAGAUGCUAUUUCUGAUCAAAAUUCAUUGAAUAAGGCGAAGAAAACUUUUACUAACUGCUACAAUAAGGAAAUUGAAAAGAAAACCACCGGCAUGGAUCAGACGAAGGAAAUUACCAAGUGCUCUCUGUCGAUUUUCUCUUUCUUUGACAAACUAAAAUAAACAAAGAAGCGAAUUUCAAAUUUUCUUCCAUACUGUAUUAUGAAACAAUUUUUUUUCUUUUUGAAAUAUUGCCUAUAAUCAUACUUGGUGUUUGGUUUAUUUUCUAUUAAAUUGAA